AAGCCGCCCUGGCCCGAGCGCAAGCGUAGCCGCCAGAAGAUCUCGCUGCGCAUUCCCCGAUGGCGUCCGCCAGGGAACACCUGGUGGAGAGCUUUCGCGCGCUGGACCGCCGCGGCACCGGCGCCCUGCCCCGCGCGCUGUUCGAGGGCGUGAUGCGGGAGGUCUGCCAGGCGAGCCCCGCCUGGCUGGAAUCCCUGGACUUUGCGCUGGCCCGCUGGGGCGCUGGGGACGUGCGCUACGAGGCCUGGCGAGAAGUUCACGGUCGCCAAGUCGCUCAUCAUGAUGACGAGCGCCAGUUGUACCACCGACGGCUUGGACGACCUGUACUCCUGGAGCGGGCCGUCGUGGCUGAGCGGACCCACGCACGCCGCGGUCACGUGCCAGAAGGGGCAAAAGUCAGUGUCGGAUCCGACGCCCAACCAGGACAAUUUCUUCAUAGUGCACACCGGCAACGUCGGCAUAUUUGGCGUCUGCGACGGGCACGGGCCUUUCGGUCACCUCGUGUCUUUCCGACUGGUCCAGACGCUGCCAUUUUUCAUCGCCUCGAGUCCCUGCUUCGGAGGGGAUUGGGAGGUUGUCCUGAAGGAGGCGUUCCUCUCUGCCCAGAGCGACCUUGUAAGCUUCUCGGAGGAGCACGGCGUCUUCAUCGAAGCGUCUGGCGCAGCUGGGUCCGUCGUUGUCUUUGACGGAGAGUUUCUUUCCUCCCUCUACUUGCACUGUGCGCACAUCGGAGAUGCUGGCAUCAUGGUGGCAUCGUACAGCAGGCACGACUCUCGCCUGAUCUACGGCUCGCGGGACCACACGCCGAACCUGCCGGAGGAGCGGGCGAGGCUCGAGGCUGCCGGGAGCGAGGUGCGCGAGGUGGGCAGGAACAGCUGGCGCAUCUAUCUUGCCGGGAUCCGACUUCCCAGGCCUCACCAUGUCCCGAGCCUUUGGGGACCUCGCCUGCAGCGGGGUGCUCCGGGAGCCCGAGUACAAACGGAUAUCCGUCCAGCCGGCCGACGAGGUCUACAUGGUCUUGGCCUCGGACGGGAUUUGGGAGUUCAUCAACUACGAGGACGCGGUGGAGCUCUCGGCCAAGAAGCUGCGCCUCAAGGGGCCCAGGGAGACCGUCAACUUCUUGAGUGGCGCCAGCCGGAAGCGGUGGGCCCACGUCUGCGGUGACUACUGCGACGACAUUGCAUGCAUGCUGGUCCAGUGGAAUGCCAAGGAGAAGGGCGCGACGACGUCGGAGACGAGCCACUCCCUGGCCGUCAGUCGGCACGAGUGACGAAGAUGUGCAGAGUUUCCAUCGUGUUCCGCGCACACAUCCAGGGCAUUGCGCAGACCUGUCUUCAUCGCAGGUGGUGUUUCCGCGGAUCGUCGCAGUCGAUGCUGGCAGGAGUCGGUGACUUCCUUGCGGAACUCGGUGUUCCCACCAGCGAGGAACGCCGCUGCUUUGCUGAACACAGUCCCGUCGGCUCCCUCCGGAGCAGGAACAAGCUGCACAAGCGUUCAGUGGAGGUCCUCGCGCAGCCCCACCCUCGCGACGAGGAGGCGGUGCUUCCGGCGGCCGCUGCGCGCUCGCCUCGGAUCGGGCCCGGGCCGCGGCGCCGCCGCCAGCGUCCUCCGGCGGUCGCGCGCGCAGGGGGCGAGGGCGCUGCCGGACCGGCAGAGGUCCUCGGGCCGCUGCCCGAGCUGCGGAACUUCUGUCGGGGAAGGCCAGGCGAUCGCAAGCAUGGAUGUCAGGGCGGCGUGGAUUAGCGACGGGUCCCGUUUCCAUGGGAGAUCGCGGGUUUCCGCCGCCCAGCGAGGCGGCACCGGCCGCAUUUUGGGCAGGGCACCUCCCCCGAUCCAUGGAUUUGGCGACCGUGCGCGAAAUCCAUGGAUCUCUAAUCCAUGUUUGCGCGCCCUCUCGAGAAAAGCAGGCUGCGCACACUGGCUCGGUAGCAUGUCAUGGGAGCCUGGCGUACCCUCUUGAUGCCGUCGUCGGCGUCGAUUCAGCGUCGAUUAACGUCUUGGAGUCGAUGCGAUGUGCC